AUUACUUUUGUAAUUAAGCCAUCUGCAAUGAUUAAAAUGGGGGGUUCACCUAGUAGGCCUCUAAUGACUAGUUUAAAGCACUGCACUCUGUGGAAAGCAGACCGCAGCCCUGCGUGUCGUGCAGUCUUGAUGGCGUUGGAUGCUAUGAACAUGGAUAUCCAUGAAGUAGAUAUCAACAUGGAUAGAGAAGAACAUAAAAGUCCAGGAAUAGUUUCUAUGAACCCUCUUCAAACAUUGCCAAUUUUAAAGGAUAGAGAUUUGAUACUAAGCGAUAGCCACGCCAUCACGACGUACCUGGCCUCCCGCUGCUGCACGGAGACGAGCAAGUUCCUGCUGCCGCCGGAUCCCGGCAGCCGCGCCCUUGUCGACCAAUUCCUGCACUUUAACAGCUGCGUGCUUUACCCGCAGUACAAGGCGGCAUCUAACCCAAUUCUGCGUGGCACGCUGCGCCAUGUAGACAAGAAGACGAACGACGAGAUCCAAUGUGCGUACGCUGACAUGGAGCAGAUGCUAGCAAAGCGACCGUGGUUCAGCAGCGGCAACUGGCCUUCGCUCGGCGACAUCUCGCUCGCCGCCACCGUCAGCACUCUCAACAUACUCGUGCCCAUCGAUGUCUGCAAUUUUCCUAAGUUAUCAUGUUGGCUGCAUCGCAUGGCCGAGGAGAAGUUCUACUGCACUGCCAACAAGAAAGGACUCUCAGAGUUCUCGAGAACAAUAGGCGAGUUGAGUUGA